ACAAUCAUGAAGCGAGAUGGAGGAGACCGGCGGCUCUGCUGUGUCUUUGUCCUGUGCUGGUUACUGUCAUUAACCGACUACUAGUUAUUUUUAUUCUCUAUAUUAUUAUGAGAGGAGACGUGAUCGUGCACGCGUCUGUGCGUUAAUAUAUAAUAAUACUAUCGCGCGUUUUGUGGAUAAGACGCUGAAUUAAUGACAGACACACAAUCUCAUCGGUGCAUAAAACUAUAUGAAGAUCUUGGUGAGGAUGUCCAGCGAACCGCUUGAGGGUUUUCAUGAGGUGAAUCUGGCGUCGCCCACCACCCCAGAUCUUCAUGGCAUCAGAGACCCCAGUCCACCGAAGCACAACGCAGCCCCCAGCACCUUGUACCGCACACACUCGCUGAGCUCCGGUCAAAGUGUCCCCAAUGCUCUCCGGGCCGACCAGCUACCCACCCAGCCGGUCUACUCCGCCCCACGACACCUCGGCACAGACGAGACUCACAAUGGCAGUGGUCUGGAUCCCACGCUCGGAGGUGACGUUAACGUCUCAUCAGCUGAUGGUGAAGAUCUUCUGAGCAUCAGCACUGACAGUCUGAGUCGUCUCAGAAGUCCAUCAGUCAUGGAGGUCAAGGAGAAGGGACACGAAAAACUAAAGGAGGAACUUGCCAAAGCACAACUGGAUCUUAAGUUAAAAGACGAGGAGUGUGAGAGGCUUUCUAAGGUGAGAGAUCAGCUGGGUCAGGAGCUAGAGGAACUCACUGCUAGUCUCUUUCAGGAAGCUCAUAAGAUGGUGCACGAGGCAAACCUGAAGCAGGCCACCGCAGAGAAACAACUGAAGGAGGCGCUGGGGAAGAUCGAUGUUCUCCAGGCCGAGGUGGCCGCUCUCAAGACUUUGGUUUUGUCCACGUCUCCUACGUCCCCCUGUAAGGAGAUGCCACCCGGACCCAAAGCCCCUGUUAAGAAAGGUCACGCUCGAAACAAAAGCACCAGCAGCGCCAUGAUGGGCAGCCAGCAGGAGGUCGCCGUCAUGCAGCCUCUUCUACGUGAGGAGGUGGACACGUUGCUCUUUAUGGAGUUUAAAUCAUGGAAAGAAGAACCUACUUUAGAGAAAAGUUGCUCUUUCCUGGAGCGGAUUUACAGAGAAGAGAUUUAUCCCUGCCUGACCUUCUCUAAGAGCGAGCUGGGCUCGGCGAUUCUGGAGGCAGUGGAGCAGAACACACUGAGCGUUGAACCGGUGGGAUUUCAACCUCUGCCGGUGGUUAAAGCGUCUGCUGUGGAGUGUGGAGGACCCAAGAAGUGUGCUCUGUGUGGACAAACCAAAACCUGUAAACACCGGAUCAAGUUUGGUGACUCCAGUAACUAUUAUUACGUCUCACCGUUCUGUCGAUAUCGGAUCACUUCUGUCUGUAACUUCUUCACCUACAUUCGAUAUAUUCAACAAGGACUGGUUAAACAACAGGAUGCAGAGCAGAUGUUUUGGGAGGUCAUUCAGCUACGUAAGGAGAUGUCCAACGCCAAGCUGGGUUACUACAAAGAUGAACUGUAAGACCACCAGAUGUGCUGGAGUCCUGCGGUCCUGUGAAAACAUCUUCACGACCUCUCCUGUACUCCACUAUUACAUUAUAUUUAUUCAAACAGAGGACGUGUAUGAGAUAAUGAUGCAUUACAGUUACUGAAGAAGACAAAAGAGACAAUGAAACAUCAAUCGCUGUUCCUUCAGAAGAAAUAAAAAGAGUUUAAGGAUGAAAUGUUAAACGCUAGCUAGUGUGGUGUGUUGUGUUGUUUUGUUUGUAUAUCUGAAAUGUUAAGUGUGUUUAUUUCCUCAUCAGACCUAUAAACCCUGAUUUGAUUUGAGUGCCUUUCUGAAAUAAACGUCUUCACCUCCAGUAAAGAUGAA